UAUCCACUGUGCCAUCUAGCUGCCCCUCUUUAUUUAAUCUUAAUGGGAUACAUUUAAACUUAAAUUCAUUAUGCCAGUAGCAUGCAAAGUUAAUUUCUGGGUGCAUUCUGCACAUGUGUAUAUGUGUGUAUAGUAUCACUAGGACCAAUUUUAAAUUGGACAAAGAUUUAUUGUCUACUGUGUUGCUUUUUUUUCUUCCGCUGCUUUUGAGUUUGCACUCGGUUCCCUCAGUUGCCAACAUGCAGAAUGAUGCCAGUGAGUUUGUGGACCUGUAUGUGCCGCGGAAAUUUUCUGCAAGCAACAGGAUCACCGGGGCCAAGGACCACACGUCCAUCCAGAUGAACAUGGCCGAGGUUGACAAGGUCACAGGCAGAUUCAAUGGUCAAUUUAAAAUUUAUGCAAUUUGUGGAGCAAUUCGUAAAAUGGGAGAAUCUGAUGACUCUAUUCUCCAGCUGGCAAAAAAUAAUGUUAUUGUUUUAAAGAAUUUCUAA